UAGCAACUCUUUUAACGCAAAUGGGUGGACUAUGUUGUUAUCUUAAAGACAAAAGAUCAAAACCCUUUUGGAUUUUGUGAAAGGAAGAAUCCAAGAUAACGGACUGAAACAUGUCAUGUCAUGACCAUCCAGGAAAAUGCAAAUUAUUCAGCAUUGUUGUCACAGCCCCAGAAGAGCUGAUAACGAAGGAAGCAGAAGGUGGGGGUUUCUAAAACGGGAUUUAAAGGGGUUCAAACGUGAGUAUCUGAGUGGAAAGCACAAAGAAUACCAGCCACCCUACACUAACAAAACAUCCACCCAAUCAAUCUUCAAACCAUCCGAACUCUCUUACAUAACCAGCGAGGUUCUGAAGCGAAUCAAAAUGAAAACCCUCCCUGACUUCUUCCCGAGGCCCAAGUGUGGACUACUGAAGAGCGACCCCUCAUAUUCUAGCAUUAGAGCGGGUAGAAUGGUACAGUUUCUGGCCCCUCCACUCCAGCUCAGCAGAGUGCACAGCUUCCUGGCACGCUGGUCCCCUUGAAGGGUCGUUCUGUGAUCUCGUGGAACACUACUUCGGGUCCAAUGUGGCCCUUUACUUUGCCUGGUUAACUAAUUACAUCUCCUGGUUGCUCCUCCCCGCGGUGGCUGGGUUCACUGUGUCUCUCUACCAUUACCUGCACCCUGACAUUAACGUGGACAACUCCCUAGUCACCCCUGUCUACACUCUAUUUGUGGUGAUCUGGGGGGUACUGUUCGCUAAGAGCUGGGAGAGGAAGUGUGCUAGUCUGGCUUGUGACUGGGGUAUCAGUGCUGUCCAGUGGAGGAGAGAAGUACGUCCUGGCUUCACUGGACGGAAGAGGAUUAGUCCUGUUACUGGUAUGCCGGAGAGGUAUUUCUCUUCUCAGGAGAGACUGUUCAGGUAUUGUAUCAGUGCUUGUGUAACUCUCUUUCUACUCAUGAUCGCUUUCUUUGUCAUGGUAGUUAGUUUGAAUCUGCAAGGAUACAUCCACAAGUUCUCAUACAGCAGGGAGUAUCUCCUCUUCCCGAGCAUCUCCUGGUUGUGUGAUGAGGGACAAUACUUUGACCGCUCUGGCAAGGGUCCAAUGCCGUUUGUUCUCUUGAAGGUUCCAGUCAUUCUUCAUAUAGUGACCAUACAGGUGCUUAACAAAGUGUACCAAGUGGUAGCCAACAUACUCACUGACUGGGAGAACCACAGAUCCCCAACAGAACACGAGAAUGCUCUCUACAUCAAGAGAUUCUUUUUCGAAGCGUUUGAUUGCUACGUUGCCUUAUUCUAUCUAGCUUUUAUAGAAGCAGACAUUGUACUGUUACGUAGAAACCUUGUGAGUUUAUACACCUGUGAUUCCGUUAGGAGACUGUCUUGUGAAACCAUCAUCCCCUUCAUCACGAGAAAAGCUUCCAGAACCAUGACUAAGAAAGAAAACAAAUUACCCUCUGAUAAUGCUAUCGACGAAGACUACGACAAAAGCGAGUAUGAACAGUUUGACGACUAUCUUGAAAUGAUCAUACAGCUGGGUUACGUGACAUUAUUUGCAGGAGCCUUCCCUAUGGCAGCACCCUUAUCUGUCAUCUGUAACAUCCUGGAAAUGUACUCUGACAUCUUCAAACUGAGCUACAUUACCAAACGUCCCACAGUACACCGAGUCACUGAUAUCGGAGUGUGGUCGGUCCUGGUUAAAGGCAUUGUCCUCUUAUCAGUCUUCACUAACCUCUACAUCUUCUGCUUCACCUCCGGACAGCUCCGGACGUACGCUCCAUCUUUCUUCCAAGUAAUAGCUCUGUCUGCGGAACAUGCUGUCAAGUCCGGGAGUGAUCAUGUUCAGGUUGUAGCCCCGGAAGCUGGACUAGCAGUGGCUACUACUAUGAUGUCUCUGGAACAUAUCAUAUUGUCGUUAGUGGUAAUCAUGUGGCUGAUGGUUCCAGAGACUACACCCUCUGUUAAGGAUGAGCUAGCGAGGAGGGAGUAUGUGAAGUUUAUGGAGACCAUUGGGACGGCUGGAGGAGGGGGAAUGGUGGAGGUUGUGAAAAAGAAAACGGAGACUAAGCCAAAGCAAAAGUGGGGAAAAGUCAAACUGUUCCAUGACGCCUCUGAGCUUGAGCUCAACGAGCACUGACUGCUUCACUGACACUUUCACUUGCAUAAUUGGAAAACUGUGCAAUUUUAUGUAAAAAUAG